CGACAGGAAACUGCUGGUUUCUUACAAAAAACUUCUGCAUUUUAUGUGGUAUCAGUUAGAAUAAUAUUUUGAAAACGCCAUUUACUUCCCACCCUUGGUGCAAAUCAAUACCUUUUGAGCAACUAUGGCAGACGACAACGUGGAUGAUGCAUACGAUGAUAUUGUAGACGCAGAUUAUUUCAGUGAAGAAGGGUUUUCGGACUAUGUUCCUACAACCAUAGAUCCAUCACCAUGGGUCUUGUUGGUGUGUUCUUGUCUUUGUUUGUUGUUGGUGUUUCUAUUGCCCCUCGGCGUUGCCGUCAUUCAGCGUAAACGACGAAGAGCUUCCCACAAGAAAGUUCUGGAAGCUGGCUUUGUGAUGAAGCAAGCAAGGUCAAAGGAUCAAGUGGAGGAUCAAGUGCAAUCUUCUGCAAACAUCGAAACUGUAUUGGAUUCCCAUCUGGUGAUAAAGUCACUUGAUUCUAAGGAAGAAAAACUGGUGCGAUCUUCAACGACAAUUACCCUCGAUAGAAACGAUGUCGUCCUGGCCUUGUGCCGUCCCAAUAUGGAGAACGAGUCGGAUCCAUUGACACGCUUUUUGGAAAAAGAAAUGGAGUCCGAACAAUUUGAAAACACGCCGGUCGAAAACUCUUCGCCGUUUGUCCAAGACGAUGCGUCAUGGUCCACUGGAGUAGAACUCGCAUGGAAACCUGCUGGUACAAAAAUCGAAGACGAAAAUCAAAGCGGAGAAUGUUUUCAAUCACAUGGCGAUAUCGAAACAAAGAAGUCCGAAAAUGGCAUGUACGCUUUGAUUCAAACCGAUUCCGGAAAUAUCAAAGUCCAAUGUAUUGAAAGCAAAGAAAUGAAUUCAAAGCUGAAAGAGCUGUUCGAUCAAGUCACUUCAAGAUCGCAGAUGAAUUGCCGUAUUGCGGAGAAACCUACAUUGCAUUCGGUAUCAGAACUUGGGGCGAAUAGUGAAAAACUCGAGUUACUCCUUCCUGCCAAUGAGAAUCCAUUGAUUGAGAUUGACGAUGAUCUCCCAGUGAUAUCGCAACCACAGCCACUAGCCCGACCAUCGUCUUCAUCAGAAGUCCGUUGGCCGCAAAUAGACGCAACAUUAUGUGGUGAAAGUAGCUUUGAAGACACACCGUACUAUCUCUGCACAGAUGUUCCUUCGAUGAUGUGCGGAAAUGAUAAUACACAGGAUACCAUUCCGCCUCAAUGUAGCACAAUGUACGGAGAUGACGAAGAAGUUGUGGUACAUGAUGCAAAAAAAGUCCUACCCUUUCAGAAAGCGAAGAAAUUUUCUGUUUAUCCAGAUCUUGUCAAACGAGCUGUUCGGUACAUAACAUCUCGGUCAGAACGUAGACGAAAUUCUCGGUCAGAACGUAGACGAAAAAGCGAGUACCGCGAAAAUACUAAGCGGCAAAAAGCCAUGGAAAAUCUUUUGUACGAUAUAUAUGGCAACAGAGGCCCAACGGUUUCAGUGAAUGUUAUUCCGAAUAGUGCAACAACAACUCAAGUGUCUGGUGUUAGUGGCUCCAUCCUUCAGAAAAGUGAAAGCGAAUCUAUUGAAGAUGAUGGAAGUGAAAGCGAUAGCUCCUCCUCAACAGCAAGUGAAAUGACCGAAAUCACACUAUCAGAUUUGAAGGUAUCCGAUAUUCCACUUGAGGAUAUCAUGAGCUUGCAGUACGACGAACACGACACUGAUCCCUCUGCACAAAUGGUUGCCGGUUGGCAAAAAGGUUACGAUUACAAGACAGAGACAGAGUACUAUUACAAUCUAGCAACUGGCGAGAGAUCAACGGAUUGUCCCAUAGAUCCAGUGCACUCAAAGCACCAGAUUGACUACGGACUAUUUGGUUCAAGUUCUAAUAGACCAUGGAUCUGUUACUUUUGCUCAUCUGGAUUCUUUCGAAAGGUUUUCAAAUGUCUUCGUUUUGAUGACGAAAUGCAGAAAAUCUUGAAAUUAGCCGGCCCUUACACGAGUAUCUCUGUGCUGAAUUGUAUAUUCUCAGCAAUCGAGGUCGCAAUUGUAGGUAGAGUUCUUGGGACCAACGCACUUUCAGCAUAUUUUGCAGUGGGAUAUACGAUCGACUUGGGUACAAUAUUUCUAUGCGGAGUAAUGGAAGCGCUUCAUGUUACAUGUUCUCAAGCUAUUGGGGCAGAAAACUAUAAAUUGGCUGGUCAAUAUCUACAGUUAAGUGUGUGGAUUCAUCAGCUUUAUUACAUUCCAUUCAUGGUAUGCUUUUGGAAUCGUUUUGAUGACGUUAUCCUUUGGCUAGGGUUCAAUGACGAAACUGCGGAGUCAGCUCUCUGGUAUGCGAGGUAUGCGAUGGUGUACGAUUUUGCCACUAUUUUCCAUGAUACGAUUUUAAGCCUGCUGGAUGUAAAUGAUCAAGAAAAUUACUCUGCCAUUUUGAGCAGUUUACAAGGAGCGUUCUCGUGCUUUGGGUUACUUAUCUUUGUGAACAUUUACGAUAGCGUCCAAUUGUGGAUGAUUGCUGUGUAUCACACCUUGGUAAUGAUCUGUUUCUUCUUGAUCAAUAUUAUAAUUGUACUAAGGAUGGGUUGGCUAGAGGACUAUUGGCGUGGACUGAUUGGCAGCAAUCCGCUGUCGAUGUCUUGGGAUAACCUGAAAGCUUUUAAAAGCCAAGCACUUCCUUUAUCCAUUGGAUACAUCAUUGAAUAUGGCGAGUGGGAGGUGCUCUUCAUUUUUGCUGCAACUACAGGACCAGCAGAAAUGGCUGUUUGGGGUUUGCUCGGAGAGAUUUGGAGUCUUGCGGAAGAAGUUGGAGGUGCAGUAACAGCUGCGUCUGAGGUUCGAGUUGCAAAACUCUUGGGAGCUGGAAAGCCUAAGCUAGCGAAAUACUCAGCUGAAAAGUCUAUGUGUAUCGGAUUGAUUGUUUCCUGCUUUAUGGCGGCUCUUGUUCUAUCAUUACACUCAAUGAUCCCGACGUGGUUGACAAACGAUAAGACCUUGCAGUCAAUGCUGGAAGAGCUACUUCCUUUGGUCUGUCUUGGAGUUGCCGUAUUGGCAGUCGGAACUACGAGCUGGUCAAUAUUAUGUGCACAAGGUCGUUCCCAUUUAUCCACCUCGGUAUCUGCAAUUGGCAGCGUAUUUGUUUCGCUCCCCUUAGCCUUUGUGUCUACAUUUGGUUUCAAUUUUAAUUUAGAAGGGCUCGUUGCAAGCCUUAUUGUCGGGUACAGUAUAGCGGGAUUUUUCAAUUCACUCUUUUUGAUGAGCUCCAAUUGGGAAAAGAUAUCGGAAAAGAUGUCGAAGGGUACAAAGAAAAAACGAAAGAAGCAACCUGUCGACAUAGAAAUGGUCAACACGAUCAACGCAUGAUUGUGGUAACGAUAUGGCGGUAUCAUUCAUUAUUUAUUGAUUUCUGGCUUCACGAUUGACGUCUGCCAAAGCGGAUCUCGUUAGUUUUAUCAACAUCAUUGUCAUAUGCGACAUUUAUCUAGUUUCU